AUGCGGAGACUUCUCUCACAUAUCUAUGAUUUCUCUUCCGAAGAAGUCCAGCAGCUGCUGCACAACAAAUUUGUCGUGAUCUUAGGUGACUCCAUUCAUCGAACGAUUUAUAAAGACCUGAUUCACCUUCUCCAGAAUGAAGAAUAUCUCACCUUGCCGGAGCUGAAAGAGAAAGGGCUUGCAUUUGAUGAUGAUCUCCACUUGCAGGGCCUGGAAACUUUCUGGAAUGACCAUCGAGUGGAAGGGGGUGUCCAACACAAAAAGACCAAUUACCGAGAGGUACGUCAGUACAGAACUGACCACCACCUUGUGCGUGUCUACUUCAUCACCCGCGCUUAUUCGGACUACAUGGAGAGUAUCCUGGAGGACUUCAGGACUGGCCCAGCACCAGAUCUUCUUAUCCUCAAUUCCUGUGUCUGGGACCUCAACAGAUACAUUGAUUAUUCUUCCAAUGAACCUCUAAAGAAGGCCUUCAGGGAAUACCGAGAGAACCUGCAAACGCUUUUCGAGAAGUUGCGUGACAUCCUGCCGCCCUCCUGCCUUGUCAUUUGGGAUACAGCCACGCCAAUCGCUCCCACAGUCACCAAUGCUUAUCUUGAGGACGGGAUGAAGAACACUUCGACUCCCGAGGAUGUGCUGAGGGCAAACUUCGACGGUGCCACCCUCGCCUGCUGCUACCAGUUCGACGUUUUGGACUUGAACUUCUACUUCCGCUUCCUCACACACCACCUGGCCCCAGACGGGGUCCACUGGGACCAGCUGGUGCACCGUUGCAUUACCAGGCUGCUGCUGAUGCACGUGGCCGACGCCUGGGGAGUCGAGCUUAAAGACAAACCCCCCCAAAACGGAAUACCAUGGAAUGCGGCAUAUCAACACCAUUCACCACAAUACCUGCCUUCACCACCGCGGCCGCCGCUUCUUCCUCCUCCUCCUCCGCGUUGGAGAUCUCCACACCCCACAUCUGCCAUCCGCCUCUCCUUGACUCCAUUCAAUUCCAGCCACAAUCCCAACUUCCAAUUUGACUCCUUUUCUGACUGUGAGAACUUCUCUGCAUAUUUUAACUUUGAAGAUGUCUGUGAGCCCCCAGCCCACCUGGAAGAUCAUGUGCCUGAGGGGGGGUGGGGUCCCCCCCUCCCUUCCCUUGUUGAUUAUGUGCCUAACGGGGGGCCUCGGGGUUUCCGUCCCCUCCGCCGCAGGUCCCCACGAGGUUUCCGGGGAAGGCACCAUAAUGGCCGGGUCAUGCGCCGCCCGCGUUUCUACAGGGGACACUUUAGGCCCUAUGCUCACCCAUAUAAUGGCGCUGGGGCCCCUCCACCAUAUGGGGCACCCCCCUACCAAGGAUGGGGAGGCUGGUAG